AUGAAGGUGGAGCACAAGAAGGGGACCUCCUGGCUGCGUCCGCACCACUACUACUAUGGCCUCCUCCUCGCUGCAGCUGCGCUCGUCCUCGCCCUGCAGUUGCUUGUUGGGGCGGCGCGCCUUCCUUCGCCAGCGACGCGUCUGAUGCGGCGCGGGUCAUCGAGCGAGCAAGCACUGCUCGACCACAUUGUGCACCUCAACAAUCUCAACCACGUGUGCUUCAACGCCAAGGACACUGUGAUUCCGUGGCAAGCCAACAGCUCCGACAUGGCGUCCGUGUGGCAUCGACCGACGUCGACCACGCCAGACGCGGCGCUCCUCGAGUACCUCGCGCAGUGCCCAGAGAUCGACAUUUACUUGCCCAAAGGGCUUCGCAACUACGGCUACUGCGAAGACGGCAUGGCGUACGUCAAGUUUCUGCACUCGCGCGCACUACCCGAGUGGGUCUUGGACCUUCGGUUCGACUACCAAGGUCGAACUAACAUGACGUACCUGGAGCUCUGCCCGACGUCGGCCAUCCUCUUCAUGAACCACUACAUCGAGGGUGUGCCAGACCGCUCCGACUUUCCAAAGACCAAGAAGAUUGUGCUCAUGCCCAACGUCGAGAUGUUUGAGCUCAAGGAAAACGAGUACCACCACGCCGACUUUGUCUUGUGCAAGACCGUCGACGCCUACGAGCGGCUGUCCCAAUGGUACGAAGAUUUUGGCAACCCGCGGGGGACCCAAGUGCUCUACGUGCAGCACACGUCGUCGGACCCGUCGACCGUUGCUCGCUUGCAUGCGCUAUCGCACCCGGAGCUGCCGCCGAUCAAGCCGAAGGACUUUAACAACAUCACAUUCUUCCACGCUGGCGGCCACAGCGCGCAAAAGAGCACGCGCAACGUGUUCGAGUGCUGGCGACAGCGCCCGCACCUCCCGCCGAUUGAUGUCUACUCGGUCAACCCCGACACGAAGGCGGACUUUGACGGUGUCUUUGGCGACGACGGGCCGCCACGUAGCGUGCGAUUUCACUACGGCGAGGACAUUGAAGGCCCCGUGUUUGGUCGGUUGCUGCUGGAGGCGAGCGUCAUUUUGUGUCCGAGCAAGAUGGAAGGCUACGGCCACUAUAUCAACCAAGCACGCGCGUCCGGCGCGCUCGUCUUGACGACGAACGGGCCACCCAUGAACGAGUUUGUGGCGCCGGGCGCUGGUGUGCUCAUCAAGGCCCGCACGAUGAAGCCCAACCCGAACCAGCUCUUGAGCAUGUACGGCGCCAUGGAGUGGGACGUGCCGUCCGACUGGAUCUGCGAUGCGGUCGAGACGGUGCUUGCGAUGACGCCAGACGAGCGCGCACGCAGCGGGCGCAACGGCCGACGGCUCUACGAAAAGCAACUGCGCGAGUUUCAAGCCAACAUGCGCAAGCUCCGAACGGCCUUCGUGCUCUAG